AUGGUUGGUUUGUCUCUACUCGGAAAACUCAACCGAAUUCUUUGUGCCGCAAAACAUACCGAUCCUCAAAUUGCAUUCGGUGGUAUAAACGUUAUAUUCUUCGGUGAUUAUCUACAAUAUCGACCCGUAUACGAUGCCCCAUUACACACUGACUUUUCGUCAGAAAACAAAACGAAAUUUAAUAAAUUACUUUCGGAAAAAGAAAUACAGCAACGUGUUGCACGUUCAUUAAUUCUUCAAAUUAAUUGUGUGGUCAAACUUACUCAACAGAUGCGAACAGAAGAUCUACGAUAUCUUCGAUUACUCGAGCGACUUCGUCAGGGUCAAUGUAGUUAUGAAGACUAUGAAUUAUUAUUGACGCGCGUUGACGGACAGUCAUCAGUAUCUCUUCGUGAACCACCAUGGAAUCAAGCCCCGAUGCUUGUAUUUAUAAAUGAAAUACGAACGCAAUUGAACCACAGAUCAGCAAUUCAUAAUGCAGUAGAAGCCGGUACCAAUCUAAUGGUAUGUGUCGCUCAGAAUUUUUGCAAAGGCAAGGCUGUGGAGGAGCCGGCACUUGUGAAAAAAUUAUUAGAACUAUCUGAUAGUAAGACUGAACAUUUGCCGAGUUUGUUACCGUUAGUUCCUGGAAUGCCUGUUAUUAUUACACAAAAUAUUGCUAUUGAACUGGGAUUAAUUAAUGGUAUGAAUGGAAUCUUUAGACAACUGCCCAGUGAAAAAUAUUUGUAA